CUUAUUGGACUCCCUCAUGCUUUAUUGAGUGCAUUGCUUCGUUACCUCAUACUGUUUACACUUCAGGAGAGGUUCACUGUAUUUUCUGUCAAGGGUUCUGUUCCAAUAUUUAUUACAAAUUCUAGAUAACAACCCAAAAGAGCGUACCCCAAUCUUUACUCGUCGGCUCGCCGGGCGGGACAUUGGAAUCUUGAAUGCCCUGUUUCUGGUCGAUCGGGUCUGCCGAAUCCGAACGGUUCUUUCUUGGGCUUCUCAGAAACCUUUCAUUUCAGUGCUUUGAGUCUCGAGCAGUCUCCAGCCAGUCUUCCUUUCUCCGCUAUAUAUCAAUACUGGUGUCUCCUCUGCUUGUCACAAUGUCCUGCAAAUAGCUCUGUUCUGAUAGAGAAGCAAAACAGAGUGUGUCUUUUGUAAGGCUAAAGAUAGGAAACAUGGCGUCUACACAGACCACAAACAGAAAGAAGGCCAACAGGAAGGCGCGGAUGGAGGCCAGGGACUUAACCGAGCAGCUGAAGAUGGCGCAGGAGCGAUCCUCCAGCCUCGAGGCGCAAGUUCGAGAUGCGGUGGGGCGACUCGUGAGCUGUGCUGCGGAGCGGGAUCAGUUGAGGGCGGCUCUGGAGGAGGAGAGGAUCGGGCGGAAGGAGGAUCAAGCUGCAUUGGAGCGGGAGAGAGCAGAAGUGGAGCGUGUGAAAUUGGUUGCUGAGAGGACAGAGCUUCGUCAGCGGUUGAUGAGGGAAAGCCAUGGCCGUCUGGGCAAGGCAUUGGAUGAGUUCUAUGGCCUUGCUAAGGAAUUAAGCAGAGAUUUUGAAGAUGAAGAGGAAGGGAACCUGUGCGGGAUGGGGGAAGGAGAAAGAUGAAGAAGAAGAAGCAAACCAAGGUUACGGCUGGAAUGGGAAAAAGAAUUAACUAGAAUUUUUAUUUUUAUUUUUCUGUCAGGGACCUGUUUUAGUGAAAAUGAUUAUGGGCUUUUUGUCUGAGCGUUUGUUACGGUUGAACCAAACUCCGACCUUGUUAUUUUGGCUGGGCCGGGCUGAUUAAUGCACU